CGCGUCCCUGUCCCUGUCGGGGUCCGGCGCUGCCCAGUGCCCCAGCCAUGGCAGAGGAGCACGGAGAGCUGGAGGGGAUCAUCGUCAAGGACCAGCACACCAAGGAGAUCGACCUGGUCAACAGAGACCCCAAGCACAUCAACGAGGACGUGGUGAAGGUGGAUUUUGAGGAUGUGAUAGCUGAGCCCGUGGGAACUUACAGCUUCGACGGCGUCUGGAAAAGCAGCUACACCACCUUCACCGUCAGCAAGUACUGGUGCUACCGGCUGCUCUCUGCCCUCCUGGGCGUGCCCCUGGCCGUCGUCUGGGGCUUCCUCUUCGCCCUCAUCUCCUUCUGCCACAUCUGGGCAGUGGUGCCCUGCAUCAAGAGCUACCUGAUCGAGAUCCAGUGCGUCAGCAGGAUCUACUCCCUCUGCAUCCACACCUUCUGUGACCCGCUCUUUGAGGCGCUCGCCAAGAUCUGCAGCAACGUCCGAGUUGCUGUCCGGAAGGAGAUUUAGGUCCUGGCAGCUGCCCCAGCACCCUCACACAGCCCCUUCUGUGCAGGCUGCCUGCCCUUGGGCACACAGACACCCCUGUCCUGUGAGGGAUCUGCACAUGGACACCCCUGUCCCGUGAGGGCCCCACACGGACCCUGUGGUGCAGGAGCCCAGCACCGUGGCAGGGCCCCACAGCAGGGCUGGCUCUCAGGGAUGCUCACUGAGGCAGGCCAGGCUGCUUCUUACUCCAUCCCAAAGCCAGAAGCCUUAGGAGAAGGAAGCCCAUCGUGGCCCAGGGAGCAGCCCAGAGCCCCCUGUGCCCUGCAGGCCCUGAGCUCCUGCAGCAGCUCCUGCAGCAGCUCCUGCAGCACAGCCUGCAGUGCCGGCUGAGCAGCGGGGCUGCAGAGCUGCUGCUGGCCACGGCCCAGAGCCUGCUGCUCCUGCAUCCCUCCGGGCUGGGCUGGGCUGGCAGAAACUCCCCCACAGGAGUUAUUGUGUGUGGUGGGAGCUUCUGCUGUGGUGGGAGCUUGUGCAUUAAACCGCUGCACAAAGGUUUUAGGGAUAGAAUAUCUAAAGCAAACGUUUUUCAUGCCUACUUGCAUUUCAGCCAAGCUGUGGGAGCCAGAGCAGUCCAUGCUUGACAUGUUGUGUCUGCUCCGAGAGCGUGAGCUGACCCUGGGCCACCGCCAGCUGCAAACCCGCCCGUGGCACUUCCAUGCUCGAUUGUGUACUUAAUUGUGGAGCAUCAAAGUGCCGUGGGCAGGAUCCAGGGCAGGACAGCGCAGGUGGGACACGGAGCUUUGGGGAACCUCAGCUGAGACAGGCUGGGCUCUAAGCCAGGCCUGGGCUGGAUCCUCUGGACAAUCUCCGCCAGACACGCGUUCAGCCGGUGCCGAGUCAGCUGCAGCCGCAGCAGGGUGUGUGUCCCAGGGCUGUCCCUGCGCGCUCUCCUGGGAUGCAGGAGGGGCAGGACCGUGCUGAUCCCCCGGCUCUGCCAGCAGGAGGGGGCUCCCGUCCAGCCGGGCCCCUCCCUCAGCACCCGGGGCUGCCCCAGGGAUGGGGAGAGCGGCAGAGCGAGCCUGUGCCGGGACCCUGCGGCCGCAGGGAGAGGGGAGACAGGGCCGCGAGGAGCAGCUCGGAGCUGUUUCCUGCCCUGUACUGUCAGUUAAUUGGUCGGUCCCUCUUCCACGGAGCUGCACUUUCACUUUGAGGCCCUUGAACGCUUUUUUGGCUCCAGCCUUAAGUGCUUUGCUGAACCAGGGCCCAGGAGGUCUCCUUGUUCAGAGGCUGCUCUCAAUUGUCUCCAUGUGAGCCUUCCCCUUGGAUUCCAACAAAGACUUGGAGCCAAAGACUCCUCUAGUGCCAUGCCAAGGAUGAGAAAGAGCCAGGAUUUCUGCUGGAGCUCUUCCAAGAGCUUGGGAAUGUAUACUGCUGGUAUUCCAUAGCAAUGUGGUACCCAAGCUCCAGCAACAGCAGGGCCCAAGAGGGAUGGAGUGAUUAAAAAAAAAAAUUAUAUUUAGGUAAUUACAGGGAGGGGGGGGAAAGUCUCAAAAAAACC